CGACGCGGGCCCCGCCCCCUGACUGUCAGCGAGGACGUUUAUUUCCGCUAUUCUGUAGUAGAAGUAAGAGAGAGUAGCGGCGAUGGCGGACACACCGACAGCCUCACCAUGCAAUAACAUUCAACGCGGAAGGCCCCAUGUCCGCGGGAUAGAUAUCAUGAGAGACCCAAACCUUAACAAGGGGUUGGCGUUUAACCUUCGGGAGCGCCAGGUACUAGGUCUCCAUGGACUGCUACCCCCGGCCCUGCUGGACCAGGACUCCCAGGUCUUUCAGGUUAUGCAGAACUUCUACAGGUGGAAUGACGACCUCGAUAGGUACAUCUACGUCAUGGCGCUCCAGGACAGGAACGAGAAGCUCUUCUACAAGGUUGUCACUCAGUAUGUCGAACUAAUGAUGCCUGUCAUCUACACACCAACUGUCGGCCUCGCCUGUCAGAAAUACGGCAUGAUUUUCAGGAAACCGAGGGGUUUGUUCAUCACUAUCCACGACCGCGGGCACGUCAGCGACAUACUGUACAACUGGCCCGUGGAGGACGUGAAGGCAAUUGUCGUCACUGACGGAGAAAGAAUUCUAGGCCUUGGUGACCUGGGGGCGUAUGGAAUGGGCAUACCCGUGGGUAAACUGUCACUGUACACUGCUUUGGCAGGGGUCAAACCGCACCAGUGCCUCCCCAUCAUGCUGGACGUCGGAACCGAUAACCAGAAUCUGCUAACGGAUCCUCUCUACAUCGGUCUGAAACAGAAGCGCGAACGAGGCCCUGCGUACGAUGCUCUGGUGGACGAGUUCAUGGAAGCAGUUGUAGAAAGGUACGGCAAGAACUGCCUCAUUCAGUUCGAAGAUUUCGGCAAUGUCAACGCCUUUCGACUCCUUGAAAAGUACAGAGGGGCCUACUGUUCCUUUAACGACGACAUUCAAGGAACGGCAGCCGUGGCGGUCGCGGGCAUCCUGGCGAGUGUCAAGGUCACAGCAAAACCACUAGUUGACCACAAGUUUGUCUUCCAAGGAGCAGGGGAGGCAUCAAUAGGUAUCGCCAAGCUGUUGGUAAAGGCGCUACAAAAGCAGGGGCUGUCUCAUGAUGAGGCUGUGUCCAGGAUCUGGAUGGUCGACUCCAAGGGACUUAUUAUAAAGAACCGCCCUAAGGGAGGGGUGACAAGCCACAAGGUCCACUUCGCUCAAGCGCGGGACCCUAUCGACACUCUGGAGCAGGUGAUAGGCACUGUCAAACCAACAUGUAUUAUAGGCGCAGCUGCAGUUCCAGGAGCCUUCACAGAGCAGAUCAUCAAAGCUAUGGCGGACUUCAACGAUCGCCCAAUCAUAUUCGCCCUCAGUAACCCAACAAGCAAAGCUGAGUGCACGGCAGAACAAGCGUACACAUUUACUAAUGGCCGAGCAGUGUUUGCGAGUGGGAGCCCAUUCAGGGCGGUGACUGUUGGCGGCCAGACCUUCCAGCCAGGGCAGGGCAACAACGCCUACAUCUUCCCCGGAGUGGGGCUAGCAGCCAUCGUGUGUGACAUCAGGAACAUCACCGAGGAAAUCUUCCUGCACGCAGCCGAGCGGCUGUGUGAGCUAGUCACCAAGGAGCACCUGUCGGAGGGCCGCGUGUACCCCCCUCUCUCCACCAUCAGGGAGGUAUCCACCAGCAUCGCAGUUGCCGUCAGUGAGUUUGCGUACAAGGCUGGUCUCGCCUUACUCCAGCCAGAGCCCAAGGACAAGAGGGCAGCCAUCACACAGAGUCAGUACUGCACAGAAUAUGCCGACUUCGAGCCCCCAGUAUGGGACUGGCCAACUGCCCAGUCCUAGUUGAACUACAGAACAUCACUGUAUGGAUGUAGACAAUUGUAUAUAAUAUUCAAAUACCGAGACGUCAUGUAUACAACGUGUAUAGGUGGUCCAAAACGUGUUCAUAACAUGACCCUAUUUACGCAGACAUGGCCCUUGUAUAUAGUUUCAAAACUAAUAUUUUUAAUGUAACUUUUACAUGCAGCUAAAUACGAAUAGAUGUUUACUUGGGUAUGUUUAUGGUGAAUCAUUUGGUGAAACCAAGUCAGUGUUAAUCGCAUUGUCUCUCAAUCGCACCAGUCCUCAAAUCCCUUGAAUGUGUUAAUUCUUGUCAUUCAAUGAGCAUGCAUAUGUUUUACCUGUUACAGUUUGUUAUGUUUAAGUGGCUGUUAUGGGGGUGGAGUGGGGGGUGGUAGGAAGGAAUGGGAAAGGAGUGAUGCUUACUAUCUUAGGGGUGUGGAAUGUAAAGCGGAGUGGAGAUCGUGUCAGAGCGUGUGAGUGUUCAGUUUGAGAGUGGGGAAUGUUUUAGAAUGUGUGGGUGCGUGCGUGUGUUAACCUUUUAAUCGGCGAAUGGUUGAACUGGAGUGUGUUUCUGUUUAAUGUAGUGUGGAGACAGGUGUAUGGCAACAAAAUCUAGAAUUUAUUUGUAUCUACAUGGUGUGAUUUCAAUGUGAACAGUCUUGAUGCUCAUUCUGCGCAAUAAAUGUUUAUAGUCA